CUGAGGAAAGUGUGGUCUGAGGCAAAAGACCGGCGGCAGUCAUUAGCAACGCGAAUGUUCUGGAGCGCACCUCGUAAGCAGCAGUUCUCCGAGGUAGAUCCCUUAAACAAUAGGCAAGCCAGUACCUUGUUACGUCAGUCCUGCCUUCGAAUAUCUUAUCGCAAGUCUCCAUAAUUCAAUAAUGUCUCUAGAAGCGAAAUUUAACGAAGCUGCUGAGAGCGUGAAGAAUUUCAAGAAACGGCCCAGUGACGACGAACUUCUGCAGUUGUAUGCCCUCUUCAAGCAGGCCACUGAUGGGGACAAUCACAAAGAGAAGCCUGGGAUGCUGGACUUGAAAGGCAAAGCGAAGUGGGAAGCGUGGAGCGACAAGAAAGGACAGUCCAAAGAAGUCGCAAUGGAAGCUUACGUCGCACUGGCGAACAAACUGGAGGCUCGAUACGCUUAGGCACCUGCAGCAAACAUUUAAAUUAUUCAGGGCGAAUCCCCCGAGAACAUUUUACCAGAAGAAGUCAGUGUCUUGUCUCAUUCAGAAAAUAUUUUCUAUAGGCCUACAUCACAGUAGAAUGUGUCAAAAUACAAGUAACUUAAACAGUUGAUACCUCGACAUCAAGGGGCUAAAACAAGUUUUUAGGGUCUGCUGAUUAGUAUAUUUACAUAUUACAUACAUAAGGAUGUCGGAAAUUAAUUUAAACAGUAGACAUUAAAAUUUUACUCACAAAAAUCUCUUUUUAAGUUCUAGCUAUUUAAACAUAGCAUUGAUUUUAUGUGUUGUGACAAUUUAAAAACACGCAGAAGGAUUAUGUUUUAAGAACCCUGAAAAUGGAAAUGUAUAAAUAUAAUAAUUUGUACUGAGUGUUAAAACAUGUUCAAGUCAGAAAAUGCGUGUUCCAUGCUUACGUAGUAGUUGAUAUACGUGUAACUAAAGUUCAUACACUGUUCGGAAAGUCGCUGCUGUUUCGUCGGUGAAAGGGAACAAUUUUGCACAGCCGCUGAUUUAGCCUAUCUCGCAGAAUUAGUCCUAAUGUAGUUUUAAAGGGCUCCCAUCACAAGCACAGCGGCAUUAAGACAGAAGGAAACUGAUUAAUAAUGAUCAGUAUUUUUAAAAUUUCUGUGAUGCUACAACUUCAUUUGUGUCGUUACCCACAGUUUCUCGUCGUUAGAAGAACAAUUCUGCAUGUUCGCUGUAAAUUGAAUGUCAUUGUUUACUGUGUGGAAAAUGAGAUGAAUGCAAAGUUGUAUUACAUAACAUUAAUGAAACCACCACUGUUUUAUUUUGAUUUAAAAUAAGAAGUAUGAUCUCGUUUA